AACGACGCCGUGGCGGAAAGGAAUUUAAAAAGAAUUAUUGAUUAUCGAAAAUAUUUAUAUCGAAUGGCGCGCGCGUGGGCUAUAUUUAUUAAAUUCAUUAAUCCUAUUUGCGGGCGCACACAAUCCCGCAGAACUAUAAAUAAAACUUUAUAUCGAUGGCAAAACAAAAAUGAACAACCGGUAGUAAUCGUAUUUCAUUCUUAGAUAAGAUUAUGGCGAUCGUUUUAUCUCCCCCUACUGUCGUUUGACACGUUAAUCUCUAAAUGCAACGUUUCAAUUUAAAUAGUUUUGUUGUUGUUGUCGCGAGACGGACGCCGCUGCGGGAGCCACAAAGAGUGCGGCGUUGCGCGAGCUUGCGAAUUAUAUAUACGUAUUAGUUGCGAACGAAAUGAAGUGCCCGAUAUUUUGACGUUUUCCCGUAAAUGUUUGGAUUAGCGGAGGAUCGGAAACAGACGCGUUGUUUCAGAAAAAUGUUAACCGCGACGACGACCACGCGCCAGAUCGAAAUCAUGGACGCGUUUGGCAUUUUCUGACGACGAAUAAUAUGAAUGUCACGAUCUCGUGUUGGGUUUACGCAUUGUUUCUGACUUUCUGCGGGUGUCAGCGUUACGAGGACGAAGGCUACACGAACGAUUCGCCCUUUAUAUCGGACGCCCGAGUGGAAACCGUUAGGGUGAAAUCCGGCACCCCGUUGCUGACGAUUAAGUGCGGCAACGGCGCGCGCCGCGCGACGGGGCUGGUUUGGGAAUACAAGCCAUGUCGGUCGUAUUAUAGUGGGCUAUUUUGCAACUCUGACGUUACCGACGGCGACGGCAGGGACGCCACCUCGUGGCGGAAAAUUCACCGCGGAGUUCGCGACAAAUUCGAAAUCGCCCGCCCCAACGAAACGCACAGCGGCAUGUACCGGUGCAGAGAAAACGAUUUGGUGAAAAGGACGUAUUUGCUCGAAAUCGUCGAUGACAUUAAGUUCGACGGGCCGCCACCUUCCAUCUCAUCCCUGAAGAUAUCGAACGCGACGAGCGAUGUCAACGCGGAAUUCACGAUACAGUGCAACGUUUCCAGCGUGGUGCCGCCGACCGUCAUCUGGUUCAAGUCUUGUUUCGAUCACAAGUGCGAGAUCGCAUACGAAAACGUGUGCUAUUGCCAUUUGAAUUUCCCGCCAUCCGCGUACAACGUCGGCAACACUUACCUGAGCAAAAUAAACGUUCACAACACUCGGUCCACGGAUAGCGGGAUCUACGCGUGUCUCGCUGUCACGGAAUACGGAAAAGAUCACAAAAACGUCACCGUGCAAGUGACGAGCGAGACGCGCUGGAUCGAUGACGCGCUGUUUCCGAUUUUGGUGUGCGCGUCUGUCAUUUUCGUGGUCGUGUCGGUUUUGAUCAUUUCGCAUUAUUGUAAAAAGAAGACGAAAACGGCGAGCGGCGAAGUCGGCGAGCAGGAACAACGAUUGGCCGCUCCCGGGAAUGACGUAAACUCGUUACCGACCAGGAAUAGUACCGAUAAAAGACGAUAGACUCGGGCAACAUUUAUAAAACGUGUGAUAUUUGUUAAUAUACG